GACAUGGAGAGAGUGUGUAGGGGGGAGAAUGAGAUAGAGAGAGAGGAAGAGAGAGAGAGAUAGACAUGCAGAGAGGAGGGGGAGGCUCCUGAUACCAAGACACGGAAAAGCAGGGGAGGGUAAAGAGAGAAAGAAAAAGGGGCUGUGGAGGGAGAAGAGCGGGGAGUUGGAGAAAUCGGGGAAUAACACUUACAGAAAGCACACAGAGGAGAGGAAGGACAGUAUCCAGCGCUGUGGACAUCCCCUCCGUUCUCCUCCCAGACUGUCACGGCAGAUUGGACUCCGAAGGAGCGACACCGCGUCCACCCCAGACCCCAUGGGGUAACAGAUGUUUGGAGGAGAGGCUUUUGUUCAGCUACACAGAUGAACAACAGGAAGGAGGACAUGGAGAUCUCUUCUCACUACCGUCAGCUCCUCAGAGAGCUCAACGAGCAGAGACAGCAUGGCAUCCUGUGCGAUGCCUGUGUCAUUGUGGACGGGAAGAUCUUUAAGGCCCACAAGAACGUCCUCCUGGGCUCCUCGCGCUACUUCAAGACUCUUUACUGCCAGGUUAAAAAAGGGGCGGAGCCUCACCAUCAGACCACUGUCACCCACCUGGACAUCGUCACUGCGACGGGCUUCAAAGCCAUCCUGGACUUCAUGUACUCAGCCCACCUCGCCCUCACCAGUAAGAACGUGAUCGAGGUCAUGUCGGCCGCCAGCUACCUGCAGAUGACCGACAUCGUGCAGGCGUGCCACAGCUUCAUCAAGGCCGCGCUGGACAUCAGCAUCCGCUCCGAGAUGGCCGACGAGCUGGCCGACUUCGAAAUGGGGGCCGUCGCCGCCGCCGGCCUGGGCGGGGGCGCGGGAGUCGGAGGGGGCGGGGGAGCGGUGGGAAUGGCAGGAGCAGGGGGGGUCGCCGGAGCGGGCUUGGGAGGCGGGGGAGGGGGGAUCGUGGGCAUGGCGUCUGAAGCCCUGGCCUCCAUCAUGUCUGGUCGCAGCACCUCCCCUUGGCUUGCGCGCCGCACCAGCCCGGCCAACUCCUCCGGGGACUCGGCCAUCGCCAGCUGCCACGAGGGAGGCAGCACGUACGGGAAGGAGGACCAAGAACCCCCCAAGAGCCACGAGAGCCAGGAGGAAGCCUGUCACGACUCCCAGCCCGCCUGGCCGCACGACUACAGGCCGGUCACCGUCAAAGAGGAACAGGUGUCCCCGGCCUCCUCCUCGCAUCCCAGGGACACUCCCAGGGGGGCGGCUCAGAGCCAGGGGGAGCCGGGCUCUGGGGCGGCCGGCGGAGGAGGGGGAGAAGGGCCAUGGCAACCCCUGUCCGGGGCCGGGCGGAGGAAGAACAGAAAGAACAAGGACACGGUCAGACACAUCACCCAGCAGGCUGAGAGGAACUGGGACCGGGACCGGGACCGGGACAGGGAGCGGGACAGGGACAGUCGGCCCGGCUCGCCUCUGCCGUCCAUGCUGGCUGUGGCUGGAUGGAACUACAACGGGCAGGAAAUCCCAGGGGCAGACGUGACAGAGCCCAACAGCUCAGACAGCCGUGGCGAGCGCCUCGACUUCUUCCUCAAGCAGGAGGAACCUCUUCCCACGGAGCCCAACUUCCUGGGCGCCAACGAAUCGGAGGAGGCCGGGGUGGGAGUCGGGGGCGGGACCAUCUCCUCGGUAGCCAAUCUGAAGGCGGCGCUGAUGAGUAAGAACAGCCUGCUGUCGCUGCGGGCCGAGAUGAUGGGAGAUGAUAACCCCUUGCUGUACGAGUACCUGCCCAAAGGAGGACACUCCCUGUCUUGGCUCCGCUCCAACAACUACUGCAGCACGCUCCGGCCAGGGGCCACGGGGGCCACUAUUCAUAACAAACAGGGGGCUGGCUCCUCUCCUCCUCCUCCUCCUCCUCUUCUUCCUCCUCCUCCUCCUCCUCCUAUUCCUCUUCUUCCUCCUCAUCUUCCACUAUCAUCAUCAUCACCUCCACCACCACCAUCAUCAUCAGCAUCAGCAUACUGCCCGCCCACUCCACCCACGCAACUGCACCCCUCCGAGCCCCGGCCCCUGGAGGCCCCCGGUCUGCGGGCUGGGGCACCCCCGAUCCGCUCAGAAGGAUUGGACAUGGAAGUGGGAGAGGCCCCCGAGGGCCCGGAGCCCUCCACCUUGCCUGAGGAGAGCUCCGAAGACAAAGAAGAAAUGCAAGAAUCCAGCACAGCCUUGGAAGGUGACCAGUCUCCUGUCGAGGAGGAUCAGAUGGGCGAGGGGAGUUGUGCUGCUGGUUUGACUGUGCCUGCGUCAUUGUCCCUGGCUGGCAGAGGGACUAAAGGGUUGCUGGUGCCGGGCGAAGAGGCCGGAUCGGGCAAAAGAGCCCUGCCAGAGCACGGCGCCUGGCCCUCACAGGGGUUCGGCUGCUCUCUGUGCAAGCGGCUGUUCAGCAGCCUGGAGCAUCUCAGGGAACACGAGUACCGCCACACCCUGUCCCUCAUGGCCCUGUCGCUGGACUGGCCGGGCCUGCAGGGCCCCCACCACCAGCCCGGCCACCAGGCGCACCACCAGCCGCAGUCCCAGCCCCUGCACUUCUACCAGUCGCUCUACCGGCCCGCGGCGGCCGACGCCACGCCGGCGCGCUACCUCUGCUCCCAGUGCCCGGCCAGCUUCACCCUGAAGUCCAACGCCGACCGGCACGAGAAGACCAUCCACUUCAAGAAGAAGCUGAUGCAGUGCGCGUACUGCCUGAAGCAUUUCAGGGACCGCACGGACCUGCACAGGCACCUGUCGUCGGUGCACUCCAAAGAGAGGGAGCACACCUGCCCCGCCUGUGCCAAGGCUUUUAGCACCCAGAAAAACCUGGCAACGCACGUGAAGGUGUGCUGCCAGGUGGGGUCGGUGCCAGGAGCUUUGCUGGGAGGCGGCGGCGGGAUGGAAAUGUAUCAGGGUGGGGCCGUCGACCCUCUGUGGCGGCUAACCCAGCAGAUGAAAGUAGACGGCAUCAACGUGGAAAACUGAGAGGCUGCUGGCUACACACACUCCCACCGAUCGCUCAGCGGUUCAUUCUCACGUGUGUGUAUUACGCUCAUGCCAAAAAUGCUCCGUGCUGUCAUUGCACAAUCAAGGGAAGCAUUCUUUUUAAAAUCAGUCAGUUGACGUUACGAAUACCCGAGGAGACUUCUCUCUCUCUUUCUCUCUCUCUCUGUCUCUCUUUUUCUACUGCUCGUUAAAUUUGAUGUCAGUAUUUUUUAGGGAUGACUCGCUACAAACUGACAACUCCCGUGUCAAAAAUGCACACUUCCUAUGCAAAACAGGUCUGUCUGAACAAACUUUUAACUCAAAUUAUAUGUGGUAUUUUUAGAGUGUUUGUAUAGUUUUUUUGUAAGCUGGGCCCACGUCAGGUGAAUUUUCUUCCCACGGUGGUGCCGGGUAAAGAGACAGGAGGGCGUCUCUCCACCUCUCCGGUCGCAAAGCACUUGUCUGGCUCUCUGUCGCCAGUCACCAGUCUGACUAAACUCUUCUCUCCUUUUUAGGCAGAGAGAUCCUUAUCUGUGUGUCCACCCCUGCAUCACGGGCACAAAGACAUUCAGGGGAUGUUCACGCCAUUCAUUCACAGCCCACACAACCACACCACCUGCAGGAGCUCUGCAGCGCUGCAACCUGAGAACAGAACAAGCGCCUAUGUAUUCAUAUCAAUAAUACAUUUAUUCAUAUAGUACCUUUAAUGGCAAAGGUU